AUGAAGACGACUACCUUGGCGACCCUGGCUGGUCUCGCCGCCUCCGCUGCCGCGUACCCCGUCGCGGAUCAUCUCUGGGCUCGGGCGUGCACCCCCGGCGCCCUCAUGUGCAAUGGCACCACGCAGUUUGCGCUCUGCGUCGCCGCGGACAGCACGCCCCAGUGGAUGAACGUCUCCGAAGGGACGCAGUGCGUCUGCUCUGGCUCCGAGUGCAGCAUCACCAGCACGAAUGGAACUUUGGCGAGUGCCCCUGCCCCUGGUGCCUCGCCGACGGCACCGCUGACUUCGGCUCCCGCCCCCGAGGGGACUCCGGCGCAGACGGCCAGCGUGUCUGCGGCCGUCCCGACCAGUGCUCCUCCUGCUGGCUCUUCCUUGGUCCCCAGUUCGUCGCCCGUAGCAGCUCCCGCGCCAUCGUCGGAUCCCGCUCCAGUGCCAUCUUCAGCUCCAGCUCCCGCGCCAUCUUCGGACUCGGCUCCAGUGCCAUCUUCAGCUGCAGCUCCAGUGCCGUCAUCGGGUCCAGCUCCCGCACCAUCGUCAGCUGCAGCUCCUGCGCCAUCGUCAGCUGCAGCUCCCGCGCCGUCCUCGGGCGCAGGACCUGCCCCCAGCAGCCCUGCCCCUUACAAGCUGUAUCUCGGCAACGGCAGUCCUGCCGACGGCUGGCCCACCGAGUCCAAGUGGCCGUCCUUUGAAGCCCUCUGGACCAUCAACCUACCCUUCAUCAAGACGGGUUGUAACUGGCAGAACUUCCAACCAAACUCGGAGGAGGAAACGGCCGAGCUCAAGUCGGCCAUCGAGUCGGUCGGCCAAUCCGGCGGCGUCGACCCCCGCUUCAUCCUCGCCAUUGUCAUGCAGGAAUCCAACGGCUGCGUGCGCGUCGGGUCUACCGCCAACGGCGUCAAAAACCCAGGCCUGAUGCAGUCGCACAUGGGGCCCCAUACGUGCUACAACAAGUCCACGUGCUCCAAGGACGAGAUCGAAGGCAUGAUCAAGGACGGCACCCUCGGCACGCCCAGCGGCGACGGGCUCAAGCAGGUCCUGGUCCAGGCGGGCCCCGGCGAGGGCCAGUUCUACAGGGCCGCCCGCAUAUACAACUCGGGGAGAGUCGCCGCCGGGGGGGCUCUGCAGCUGGGUAUCGGCGCUACGAACUGCUACUCGACCGACAUUGCGAACCGGCUUUCCGGCUGGAACUCCGGCGUGACCCCUUGCCAUGUAUAA